GGCAGACCCCUCACAACAGUGACCACUUUCUAACAUGGCAGAUCAAUUUGUGUUGUAUUAUCAUGUGACGGCGAAACGCUCCCGUUGAUAGGACCGUAACCUCGUGUGAGAAGCGAUCCUAGUCUCGGUUAGCUCGCGAGUGUUAACGCGCGGCGCGACGCGGUCGCGUUAAACGCCGUCGCGAUGGCGGACCUCAAGAGCCCGCCGUUUAGUGAUAUCAAGCGGCCCGAGGAGGUGGUUGCGAUGGCGAUGAACGACAGCCUCAAGUUCGCCGUGCUGAUCGGCCUGAUCGAGGUGGGACAGGUGUCGAAUCGGGAAGUUGUCAACACCGUGCUGCAUCUGCUCGUGGGCGGUGAAUUCGACAUGGAGCUGAAUUUCGUGAUACAGGACGCGCAGAACAUCAGGCACAUGCUGGAGCUUCUCGAUCAUUGCCCACCCAAUCUUCAGGCCGAAAUAUGGAGCGUCUUUAUCGCGAUCCUCAGAAAAAGUGUCAGAAACUUACAAGCGUGUACGGAUGUAAGUCUCAUAGAACAUGUUCUACAUCGAUUAUCUCGUGCGGAAACUGUCGUCGCCGAUUUAUUAAUCGAUAUGCUGGGAGUGCUAGCAAGCUACAGUAUAACAGUGAAAGAAUUAAAACUUUUGUUCGGCGCUAUGAAAGCCGUUAAAGGAAAGUGGCCGCGGCAUUCGGCGAAAUUGUUGAACGUCCUCCGUCAAAUGCCACAGCGAAAUGGACCCGAUGUAUUUUUCAGUUUCCCCGGUAGAAAGGGGUCGGCGAUUGUCUUGCCGCCGCUUGCAAAGUGGCCACACGAAAAUGGAUUUACCUUCACCACAUGGUUCCGUCUAGAUCCCAUCAACUCUGUUAAUAUCGAACGAGAAAAACCGUACCUCUACUGUUUUAAAACAAGCAAGGGAGUAGGAUACUCUGCACAUUUCGUAGGCAACUGCUUAGUCCUGACGUCUAUGAAAAUAAAAGGCAAGGGCUUCCAACAUUGUGUCAAAUACGAAUUUCAACCACGAAAGUGGUAUAUGAUCGCGGUAGUGUAUAUAUACAAUAGGUGGACAAAGAGUGAAAUUAAAUGUCUGGUCAAUGGUCAGUUGGCGUCGAGUACCGAAAUGACAUGGCAUGUUUCGACAAAUGACCCUUUCGAUAAAUGCUACAUCGGAGCAACUCCCGAACUGGACGAGGAGCGUGUGUUUUGCGGACAAAUGAGUGCAAUAUACUUAUUCAGCGAAGCACUGACAACGCAUCAGAUAUGCGCGAUGCAUAGAUUAGGACCGGGAUAUAAGAGCCAGUUUCGUUUCGACAACGAGUGUUACCUGAAUCUACCCGACAAUCAUAAAAGGGUGAGUGAGCAGGAUCUCUCUACGAGCAUGGUGGACCAAAGUAUGCAAAUUGUACUCUAUGAUGGAAAACUGUCGAAUGCAAUUGUGUUCAUGUAUAAUCCAGUAGCAACAGACUCGCAGCUUUGUCUACAAAGUGCACCGAAAGGCAACGUCUCCUAUUUUGUACAUACACCACAUGCCCUCAUGUUACAGGAUGUCAAGGCAGUUAUAACAUACUCGAUCCACAGCACGUUAAACUCGAUAGGAGGUAUUCAAGUAUUGUUCCCAUUAUUCUCUCAACUGGAUAUGCCUUAUGACUGCAUAGCACCGAAUGACGUUAAGCGCGAUCCCACGUUAUGUUCGAAACUACUCGGCUUUAUUUGCGACUUGGUAGAGAGCUCUCAAACAGUUCAACAACACAUGGUACAAAACAGGGGAUUUCUAGUAAUAAGUUUCAUGCUGCAGAAAGCGAGUCGAGAUCAUCUUACGACGGAAGUUCUUGCAUCCUUCUUGGAACUCACGAAACAUUUAGUGACUUGUCUCAGCGCAAACAGCGAUUUAUUAUUGAAACAGUUAUUUUAUUUUUCAUUCCUAACAUGGCAGCUACUGGAUCACGUUCUUUUUAAUCCUGCUCUAUGGAUAUAUACGCCAGCGCCAGUACAAACACGGCUUUACUCGUACCUGGCCACAGAAUUUCUUAGCGACACGCAAAUAUAUUCCAAUGUGAGACGUGUGUCGACAGUUUUACAAACGGUACACACACUGAAGUAUUAUUACUGGGUAGCUAAUCCUCGAGCUAAAAGCGGAAUAACACCAAAGGGACUUGAUGGACCGCGUCCGCAACAAAAAGAUAUUCUUGCAAUUCGUUCUUAUAUCUUAUUAUUUUUGAAACAAUUGAUAAUGAUCGGUAACGGAGUAAAAGACGACGAAUUACAGAGCAUCCUUAAUUAUCUGACAACAAUGCACGAGGAUGAGAAUUUGCAUGACGUCUUACAAAUGCUUAUAUCUUUGAUGUCGGAACAUCCAUCAUCGAUGGUGCCCGCAUUCGACGCGAAACAAGGUGUACGAACCAUUUUCAAACUCUUAGCAGCUGAAAGCCAGCUGAUACGUUUGCAAGCGUUAAAACUGUUAGGAUUUUUCCUUAGUCGCAGUACACACAAAAGGAAAUACGAUGUUAUGAGUCCACAUAAUCUGUAUACGUUAUUGGCUGAAAGGCUCUUAUUGAACGAGGAAACACUCUCAUUGCCGACGUAUAAUGUUUUAUAUGAGAUUAUGACCGAGCACAUCAGUCAACAAAUAUUGUAUGCUAGACAUCCUGAACCUGAAUCUCAUUAUCGUUUAGAAAAUCCGAUGAUUCUGAAGGUGGUCGCGACAUUAGUUCGACAAUCAAAGCAAACGGAACAGUUGUUAGAAGUGAAAAAAUUAUUCCUCUCGGAUAUGACACUGCUCUGCAAUAAUAAUCGAGAAAAUCGACGAACGGUUUUGCAAAUGUCUGUAUGGCAAGAAUGGCUUAUCGCUAUGGCUUAUAUCCAUCCCAAAAAUACAGAAGAGCAGAAAAUAUCCGACAUGGUGUAUUCCUUAUUUCGCAUGCUUCUUCAUCACGCAAUCAAGCACGAAUAUGGUGGUUGGCGUGUAUGGGUUGAUACGCUGGCUAUCGUGCAUUCCAAGGUAUCCUAUGAGGAAUUCAAACUUCAGUUCGCUCAAAUGUACGAGCAUUACGAGCGACAGAGAUCCGACAAUAUUACAGAUCCUGAGCUAAGACAGCAAAGACCGAUUAGCACGAUUUCUGGAUGGGAUCAACAACAUUCCGGAAACAACGGCUAUAACAGACCAGCGGUAUGGGGAAACCAACAAAAUCAUGAGGUACAACACAUGGAAAGAAAUUACAAGGAGUUUGAUGCAUCCGAAGCAAACGAUCGAUUGGAAGAAUCUUGUAGUUGCGAUCUCAAUUCAAUAGACAACACUGAAAGCGACGGUAGUCCAGCCAUCGUAAAAUCGCGCAGUGAGACUUUGGACACUCUACAAUCGUGUGAGGUAGUGUCAUUGGAUUCCCGAUUAAGCGACAAACCAGAAACACCGACCACCGCGCGCGAGAUUCAUACAGAGACACCGACCAUCCUCGAGGAAGCGAAUAGCGAAGCUGUCUCGCUGCCGACCACGCAGGAGACCAGCGAGGUGAUUUCGAUUGAGAGUUCUAGUGACUUCUACAGUGAAGUGCACAAAAUUGAGAGUUCCAGUCCCGACUCGAUGAUCGUCCAGGAUACAUCAAAAAAAGAAGAAGAUGCAACUUUGGAAAAACAACCAGUUGCUCUUACCGAAUCCUCUUCGACUGAACAGAUGAAGGAAAACAUGGAAGUGACAGCUGUUGAAUCGAAUGACACGACGGAAACUGCAGAAGUUACCAAUGUUUCAAAUACAGCUUCUACAGUAGUGGAUAAAAUCGAAAAUAUCCCGGUGACGGAUAAGGAAGCAAAGGAUAAACCUAUCGAGGAAAAUAAUGUUGCGACCGACGACAGUAAUACACCGACUAACACUGAAGAUUCCGAUAAAACUACGACAGCAGUCGAAAACGCAGAUGAAAACUCUGUUGCUUUAAAAACUGACGUCGACACUGAGGAAAAUACUGUGCCAAUUGUCCCUUCUGACGAAACACGAGAAGCAUUGACAGUUAAAGUUAUUGAAAAACUUCAACUAGAGAAUGAUCGUGAAAUAAUUGAUAGCGAUACAUCAGAAGCAUACUUAACGCCAACCGAGAAUCAGGAAAUCUCGAAUGAGAUGAGAAGCAGAACAUCUGAAGGUGAGAAAAUCGAUGAUGAUACCGUCGAGAAGAAGGAUAUUUCCGAAGACAGGGACAUUACCGCUGAGACUGUUGAGAGCGACGAAGGGGAAAUCGUAAAAAAUCCUAAUUGCUCAACUAGCGUAAUAGAAAGCGGCGAGGCUUGCGCGGAGAAUGCGGUAGAGCUAGAAAAUGAGAAGGUGGAAGCAGUAGUAGUGAAUAGUGCGUUAAAUAGUGAUGAACACGCCGUGGAUUCUUUAACGGAGGACAAAAGUGCUGUUAUUAAUGAUAGCGAAGACGCGAAGGUAAAUGAGAAACAUUCAAGGGAGCCGUCCACUAUUUCUACUAGCAUAAGUGAUAAUAAGUCAGACGUUCCGGCGACGACCGGCGAGGUAGAAGUAACAGAUAGUGUUUGUAGUAAUAGCGAUGUUCAAAGUUCUGUAGAUAAUGUGACGCAAGUGCCAAAUCCUAAGCAGCAAAUCCCAACAAUAUCUACGGUCUGUGAUGCAACUAAAAGUUUAUCCGACGGUGUGCCUCAAAUCGUUAGUUCUAAUGUGGUUGCCAGAGACAAUGCGUUAUUGAAUGAUUUACCUCCAGAUCAUGUAGACGCCCAUCGCAGAUCCAGCCUGCCGAUUGUAUCCUCGGAAAUGGUCGCGGACGAUAAUGGUCACGAGCCACCCUCCUUGCCUAUGCCCUUACGAAAGACAUCGUCGCCUCAGAAACGACCAAGGAGUGCCUCAACGUCCACGCAGGUGGAUCCAAAUCAUUUUGAAGCCAAAAGAUCGAAGCAAGGAAAUCCUUCCACGCGACCAAUGUUCAGUCCAGGUCCGACGAGACCUCCAUUCAGAAUACCGGAAUUUAAAUGGUCUUACAUACAUCAACGGCUAUUGUCGGACGUUCUAUUCUCUUUAGAAACGGAUAUUCAAGUGUGGAGAAGUCAUUCGACGAAAUCUGUAUUGGAUUUCGUGAACAGCAGCGAAAAUGCCAUUUUCGUGGUGAAUACUGUCCAUCUAAUAUCGCAAUUAGCCGACAAUCUCAUAAUAGCCUGCGGUGGUUUGUUGCCCUUAUUAGCGUCGGCUACCUCGCCGAAUAGCGAAUUGGAUGUAAUCGAGCCAACUCAGGGGAUGCCAAUCGAGGUGGCAGUUUCUUUUUUGCAAAGAUUAGUCAACAUGGCUGAUGUACUUAUAUUUGCUAGCUCAUUAAACUUUGGAGAACUGGAGGCUGAGAAAAAUAUGUCAAGUGGUGGCAUACUGCGACAAUGCUUACGACUGGUCUGUACAUGUGCCGUUAGAAACUGCUUAGAGUGUAAAGAACGUGGCAGAUCGUACAGCAUGUUAGGUCGCCAAAUUGGUUCUAGUAAUAAAUCACAGCACAUACAAUCGCUCAUACGCGGGGCUCAAACAUCGCCUAAGAACAUCGUGGAUAAUCUUUCACAUCAAUUAAGCCCGGUCAAGGAUCCCGAGAAAUUGUUGCAAGAUAUGGAUGUAAAUCGUUUGAGAGCUGUAAUAUACAGAGAUGUUGAAGAAACCAAGCAGGCACAGUUUCUGUCUCUAGCUAUAGUUUACUUCAUCUCUGUAUUAAUGGUUUCGAAAUAUCGUGAUAUAUUGGAACCACCAAUAUCCCAGCGUCCACCGAGUCCAAUACAAACGAUACAGACAAAUGGUGCCGGUCUCAGGCCAGGUAGUCCUUCAGAUGGGAAUGGUGGUGGAGAAGGGCGGCCCCUAUUUCCACAGUGGUCUCACCACGUGUACCCACAGUUCCUCCCAGGAUCUCACCCUAACGCCAAUGCGAAUGUCAAUGCCAAUCACCACAUCAACCAGCACCAUCACCAGCACCCGCUACCGGCUGCCAGGCACUCUAAUCGCCAGCCACCCUCUAACUAUUAUCUCCCGAAUCAUCAUAACAAUCACUACAGCCAUCAUCCGAAUAACCAUAACUAUCAUCGUCAUCAUCACUAUCAUCAUCACAAUAACAACAACCAUCACCAUACGCUUCAAAAGCAUAUCGAUCAGCCCCGAAAUCUCUGUCAUAGAAACUCCGGUGUCGGUCUGCAAGGUAGCGGAGGUAUAAUGAGUCAAUCAGGUUCUCAAGAUGAUGGGGAAUAUGAAGUUAUCAUCGUCGACGAAAAUAAUUCUUCGAUUCUGGCCGAUCACGACGUUACAUCGUCAGGCCCGCCAUCGACUAAGGGAGGUCACAGUGGUGUACCUCGGCCGCGGACUAUUCUCGAGGAUUACACCUCAUCAGAACCAACGCUUGGCACUUCUACAAGGUCCGAACCACUGCCACGAAAUCUGCAGAGCAACGAUUCCAGUGAGGAGACAGUACAUCGUAGCAAUAUUACCGCGGACGCGAGUCCUUCUGAAAUUACUACUGAUAACGAAAAUAAGCACAAUUCAUCCGAAGAAGCCUGGACAGAUGUAAACCUCAACGAAGACGGCGAUACGAUGCCGAUUACGAAUCCAAGAGAAGAUCCGCGAAAUAUCCACAAUAUCGCCCAUUCGCGUGACAUGCAAGACAGCGAGGGCAACGUUCUGGAACAAGAAAUGCUUGGCAACGCAGAACGGGGGGAGAAACCAUCGGCGGAAAUCUCGGUGGUUCGAGUUCCCGAUCGUCUGGUAGUAACCGGAGCAUCCCCGAGAGCCGAAGAAUUGCCGAUCAAGGGUCUGGUUGAUCAUUUACCGGUACCAACACCUUCCCGCGAGGCUUCGCUCACGCAAAAGCUGGAAAUGGCCUUGGGUUCGGUUUGUCCUCUCCUACGAGAGAUCAUGGUGGAUUUUGCCCCCUUCCUGUCCAAAACACUCGUUGGCUCCCAUGGUCAAGAAUUAUUAAUGGAAGGAAAAGGUACGAGCUGCAAGGGUUUGACCACAUUUAAAAACAGCAACUCCGUCGUGGAAUUAGUUAUGCUGCUCUGCUCUCAGGAAUGGCAAAACUCUUUGCAGAAGCACGCGGGUCUUGCUUUCAUCGAGCUCAUUAACGAGGGAAGAUUGCUAUCUCACGCUAUGAAGGAUCACAUAGUAAGAGUCGCAAACGAGGCAGAGUUUAUUUUAAACAGGAUGAGAGCGGAUGACGUGCUAAAACAUGCUGACUUUGAGUCACAAUGCGCUCAAACAUUACUGGACCGUCGAGAGGAAGAACGUAUGUGCGAUCAUUUGAUUACCGCAGCACGAAGGCGUGAUAAUGUAAUCGCUAGCAGAUUAUUAGAGAAAGUUCGUAAUAUCUUGUCCAAUAAGCACGGCGCAUGGGGAUACAUGGAUCCAAUGGCUGCAAAAUUAGCCGAGUAUUGGAAGCUGGAUGCUUGGGAGGAUGAUGCACGUAGACGUAAGCGUUUCGUGCACAAUCCACUAGGCUCGAGCCACCCCGAGGCUACUCUUAAGGCGGCUCUAGAACACGGUGCACCCGAGGAUGCGAUACUUCAAGCGCGUGAAGAAUUUCACGCGCAUCUCGCAGCCUCGCGUGCACACCAACAGCAAUUGCAGUCGGCGGAUCUUUUAGAUGACAGUGAAUUGCUGUCGGACGACAGGGAUCUCGACAACGACUUGACAGGUCCGGUGAAUAUCAGCACGAAAGGCAGAUUAAUUGCACCCGGUAUUGUGGCGCCCGGCAUCAUUUCCGUUACAUCUACAGAGCUGUAUUUCGAAGUGGACGAGGACGAUCCGGAGUUCAAGAAAAUCGACAGUGAGGUGCUGAAGUAUUGCGAUCAUUUACACGGGAAAUGGUACUUUUCCGAAGUACGUGCAAUCUUCUCGCGACGUUACCUGCUGCAAAAUGUGGCCAUCGAAAUCUUUCUCGCCAGCAGAACCUCGAUCCUGUUUGCGUUCUCGGACCAGGCGACGGUGAAAAAGAUGAUCAAGGCGCUACCGCGAGUCGGCGUUGGCAUCAAAUACGGGAUACCCCAGACUAGACGAGCAUCAUUGAUGUCACCGCGACAAUUGAUGAGAAGCUCUAAUAUGACUCAAAAGUGGCAGCGUCGAGAAAUAUCGAACUUUGAAUAUUUAAUGUUCCUGAACACAAUUGCUGGCCGUACCUACAAUGAUUUGAAUCAGUAUCCUGUAUUUCCUUGGGUAUUGACAAACUACGAAACGAAGGAGCUUGAUCUCAGCUUACCGAGCAAUUAUCGAGAUUUAUCAAAGCCGAUUGGCGCAUUGAAUCCAAACAGGAGAGCUUAUUUCGAGGAACGUUUUCAAGGCUGGGAACACGACACUAUACCACCCUUCCAUUAUGGCACGCAUUACUCUACGGCGGCCUUCGUUUUAAAUUGGAUGAUACGUGUGGAACCGAUGACAACUAUGUUCUUAGCGUUACAAGGCGGCAAAUUCGAUCAUCCUAAUAGGCUUUUUUCGUCUAUCGCACUCUCGUGGAAGAACUGCCAGCGUGAUACAUCCGACGUCAAGGAGUUAAUUCCGGAAUUCUUCUUUCUGCCGGAAAUGCUGGUGAAUAGCAAUCGCUAUCGUUUGGGCAGGCAGGAGGAUGGUAGCGCGGUCGGCGAUGUUGAAUUACCACCUUGGGCUUCAUCUCCCGAAGAAUUUAUACGUAUAAAUCGAAUGGCACUCGAGUCCGAGUUUGUAUCUUGUCAAUUACAUCAAUGGAUCGAUCUGAUAUUUGGUUAUAAGCAGAAAGGUCCGGAAGCCGUGCGUGCGACCAACGUUUUCUAUUAUUUAACGUACGAAGGUAACGUGGAAUUGGACACGAUCAACGAUGUCACGAUAAGGGAAGCUAUAGAAAAUCAAAUUAAGAAUUUUGGACAAACGCCGUCGCAGCUCUUGAUGGAACCACAUCCUCCGAGGAGUUCAGCGAUGCAUUUGUCACCAAUGAUGUUCUCGAGCAUUCCGGAUGAUGUGUGCAUGACCAUCAAGUUCCCGUCUAAUUCGCCGAUCUGUCACAUCUCAGCUAACACUUAUCCCCAAUUGCCACUGCCAUCGGUUGUGACGGUAACCACUGGACAACAGUUUGCUGUUAAUCGGUGGAAUACUAAUUAUGCAGCCUCUGUGCAAUCUCCGAGCUAUGCAGACACACCUCAGGCCCAAGCUGCCAACCAGCCUUUGUCUAUGGACCCUGUUCUCUCUCAAGCGGCAAACAGCUCAAAUCCAAUGUUACAACGUCGACAUCUAGGCGAUAACUUUAGCCAGAAGCUCAAAAUUCGCAGCAAUUGUUUUGUCACUACUGUGGACAGUCGAUUUUUGGUGGCCUGUGGAUUUUGGGAUAACAGUUUCCGCGUCUUUUCGACCGAAACAGCAAAAAUCGUCCAGAUAGUCUUUGGUCAUUAUGGCGUCGUCACUUGCUUAUCGCGCAGCGAGUGCAACAUCACUUCCGACUGCUACAUCGCGUCCGGAAGCGCGGAUUGUACCGUUCUUCUCUGGCAUUGGAACGCCAGAACUCAGACCAUUGUCGGCGAGGGUGAAGCACCGGCACCACGCGCCACUCUCACAGGCCACGAACAGCCUGUGACAGCCGUCGUCAUAUCUGCCGAAUUGGGAUUAGUUGUCUCGGGAUCUCAUUACGGUCCAGUACUUGUUCAUACUACUUUCGGCGAUCUCCUGAGAUCGCUCGAAGCACCGAGCGGAUUUUCGUCACCCGAAAACAUUGCUAUGUCACGUGAAGGCGUCAUUGUAGUAAAUUAUGAACGCGGGCACAUAGCUGCGUUUACCAUAAACGGAAAGCGUCUUCGUCACGAGUCUCACAACGAUAAUUUACAAUGUCUACUGCUGAGCAGAGACGGUGAAUAUUUGAUGACAGGAGGCGAUAAGGGAAUCGUAGAAGUUUGGCGAACUUUUAAUCUUGCUCUACUUUAUGCUUUUCCUGCAUGCGAAAGCAGUGUGCGCUCUCUCGCGCUCGCUCAUGAUCAAAAGUUUCUUCUAGCUGGUCUGGCAAAUGGAUCCAUUGUGAUAUUCCACAUCGACUUCAACAGAUGGCAUCAUGAGUUUCAGCAGCGUUACUGAAAUUACGACUUUCUCUUCGCCUAAGAAAGUAUGGCGCCCAUAAAAUGUUAAAACAAACUUUUGCGCUUAUCUCUUUAAAUAAUAUGACAAUUUUGAACAUGUAUGUGUCGGACAAAUAGCGCUUCGUUCGUGUGAUUUCCCGUUGAUCAUGGAUCUUUCACGAGAGUUUACAAAUGUGCGACAGAAACAAAUAUUAUUUGCGCGACACUUGUACGGGCCAGCUUCUCGUCAAACAUUAGUUUUAGAUUCGCCACAAUUUAUUCAGUAUGCAAAAUAAUCUAUCAGUUGUUUUGGAUUAAGUGCAGUGAGAGCGGUAAUGAAACGAGUGCUGUAUUUUUCAACGUAAUACGCUGUGGAUUUUAACGUUCAGCAAUAAACUCGCUUUCGUGGCUGCGUGCAGUGCUUUCGUAAGGAGAAACUCGAACGGAGGAAGAUACAGGGCGCGAGAUGCAAUCAGAUUUUCAGGUUUAUCUCUGCGUGUAAUUACCGAGUCAAACCCAUAUUGCAAGCUAAUAAAGCGUGAAAAUAUACGCGUGUCGCUCGAAACGCUAGUCAAUUAACGAAGACUCGGAUCUACUUAUCUACGUUCGCAGCUGUUCGCGGAUUAUUUGCGCGAUUUUGUCUCAUAGGGGCGUAAAGAAAAGAAUACGCUCUACCGGGGAAAAAUAACCGUUGAAAAGAGAGGAACCGCGUCGAGACGGCGGAACUGUUUGAACAUACGUUAUUUUUAUGCCUGAAACUGCACGUGGAUUUGGCCACGACAUUUUAGCAUUAAUGUCCAAUGUAAAUACGGAUAUAUUCUUCACGUUAUAUAUAUACACACAGACGUACAUACACAUGCGCGCGCGCUUACUUCCAUAUAUAUCAAAGGGGAUGAGGAGGAGAGGCAUAUUUUAUCGCCAAAGUAUUGCAUUGUAUUCUUCGCAAACGUAUUAAUGUCGCUCAUGUCGAACUUUUUGGCUAAGCACCUUGUACGUUGAGUUUGGACUACAUGCACUGCGAAAGCACUGCGUAUCACUGAUACCGAUGCCGAGCCGGAAUGGAUGCUGCGCCGAGAUAUAUGGCUAAUCAUUCUCCGGAUCGCGGUAAUCAGUCCCUGCUACACUUUCUACACCCUAAUAUUCGCGUCCUUCAAAAGAGAUCCUAAUUUUUAUCAAAGCCGUCCAGCUUAACUUUCGCGAGGAUAUUUCUUAGUAUUUUCGCACGCGACGUAUAUUAUUCAGCAAAGCAAGUUAUUUAGGCUAAAGUAAAACAUCCCGAAUUCAUCCUUAACAUUCCGCGACUUGUCAAGGAUCUGUGUGUAAAUGCGUCAUCCCUAGGAUGACUCGAGUGAUGAUAGAGCAGAGUAUACGAGAAAGAGAGAGAAAGUAAAAAAGAGCAUAAAUGUAAGUGAGAGAAUGCAAAUAUACACAUUACAUUCAACAACGAUGGGGAAGAAGAUGCUUGAUCAUGCAUAAGUGGUAGAGUUACUGGCUUCAUUUUCGUUCGUACGUCAUCGUAGAACGUGUGAUAGUUGUCUUGUGGUAGAUAUUACUACUAAAUACUGUUGUCAUUUUAAGCCCUCUUUCGCGAAAAAGCUGUAAAACACGGGAUAUCGUAUAGGUAUAGCCUUCAGUUGUUUGUACGUAUUCUGAAUAUAGUGUCUUGUCGUCAUUUCGGGAGGUCUCACAAUCUUGUGUAAGUAAUUAUUUAUCUAUUUAAGGCGAAAUCAUUCUGUUGUCACUGUUUAAUAGCCAUAUAACUAUAACGGAUAUAUUUCAUCAAAAUUAUCGCAACAGUAGUCAAAAAAUCUUUGUGUAUACGAGAAAAUGAUGAGAGGUGCAAGGGCGCGAAGGAAGAGAGGGACAGGAGAGAAUACGGGACUAUAAGAGGAAAAAGAGAGAGCAUAAAUGUGUAAUCUAUUUGAAGCGAAUGUUUUAUGGAUCGCAGUUGAUUAUCGCGAUGAGAUUCGCGAUAAUAUAUUUAAGAAGGGAUGCCGUAAAAUUGAUUACAUAUUAUUAUUAUACAAUUAUAUUUAUAUUCUACAAUUAUAUUAUACAAUUGGAGCGAAUGAAUCAAUCAUUAUUUGCUUUAUUCAAUUGAAGUGGUGUAUUCAAUUCUAGUAAUUAUUUAGUUUAUUAUCGAACUAGUCGAAAAAUAAUGUGAAUCUAGAAUAUUUGUGUUGCAAUAUUAACAAAAUCAGUUUAGAUAAAGCUUUUCCGCGUUUUUAACAAUUUUAAUAAAUUUUGAAUUUUUUAACGAUGGAAAAAACCAAAUUUUAAUGGCCAGUAUUGAAUUUGGUAUCACGGCAAGGAAUAGAUUUUUUUGGUACCUUGAUACGUGUUCUAGUCAAGGAUUACCGUCGACUAACCGUCGCGAAUCAUCUGCGAUCCUCAGCAUUUAUAUAGGUAUCGAUACACUUAAAAAUUAUGCCGUUUAUACGUGUAGGUGUAUAAAGUAAAGUAAAGGCAUAGUGCGGUCGUUUUCGAGCGAUCAAUCACUUUGGGUUUGCGAGAACACGGUAGCGUUACGAUUGUAAUAUCGAUUUCUGCUGUGUACACCGGACGAUCAGGUGGAAAUUUGCUUGCACAACCGAUAAUCGUACAAUUUUUAAACAUAUAGGAGAAUGUUACGUGUGCAACGUGUUAAUAAUGGUGUAUUGCCACUCUCGUUAUGGGCGUGCUUUUGCAUGAUCAUUACUGUUCUGUUGGUUUUAUUCGCGCGAGAAAAUAAAAAUGAAUGAAUAAGAAAGAUGGCAAUCAAAGAAUAGAACGAAAGGAACAAGAAGUCAAGGGUUGAGGGUUGUGUCUGAGUGCUUUCAAUAAUAAUAUCACUAAAUCUGUCGCAUACGUGUGAAAAAAAAUUUCUGUCACGCAUUUAAAUGUUUACAUGUAUUGAUGUAUAGGCGCGUACUCUCUAUCGACAUUUUAUUUUCGCUAUGAAAUACGAUUAUAACCGAGAAAGAGAAGCACAGGACAUUCCAACUGCAUUUUCUGCUUUUUGCCUAUUAAAAUUGCAUUUAUCUGAUUAUUCCAUAUAUUCGGAUUGAUUAAGGAAGAAAAUUGGCAAACCGCUCCUUGUUCAUAGAUACAGUCAAACUUAAAAAAAAGCAGUGACACGUGUUCGCGAGUACGAUGUGUUCGAUUAGGCAGCACCCAGUUUCGCAUUAAUCAAUGAGCGCAAAGGCAGCGUAAUGGGUGAGAAUGCAUCGGAGUAAUAGAAGAAGUCGCAUAAGAAGAAUUUUUAUAUUUGUUUAGAUGUGUGAGAAUGUGCUGCACUCUUUAAGCAAGUUGUUAGUGAAUUCCCUCCAUAUUGCUAAUAUACAUAAAAGAAGUUAACUCAAAUCGAUUUCUGUCCGUGUACUUGAACAUUUCAGUACCUAAAAUAUAAUAUCGCUAAAUAUUUUAAAUAACGCUAAGUACAACGCUACAAGAGUUUGCCUAUAUUAUUACUAUGAUUUAUUGUCAUUAUAUUAUUAUUAAUAUUCUUAUCAUUAAACGAUUGUGUGGUCACACAUUAACGUACUUAAUAUUAACGAUUAUCUAUACAGGAACAUAGAUUUGUAUAUUCGUCGGAUAAGACUCUUAAUGUUUGCGUGUUAAGUGAUAAUAAUUUACUUAUCCACUAUUAUGAGGAAGGCGCGAAGAACUGUGUAAAGUUUUAUCCGGUUCGUUCACAUAUUCUGCGAGCUGCCCAUAGAGAAGUACUUACAUCUAGAUUAAUCGAUGCGUCUUUAAUGUUUUAUAAGCGUAAUCACGGGCUGGAAAUGAGAGAUGAACGACGCUGCAAAACACACGCGACACGGAUAUAACACAUAAGCGCUUACUUAUUAGGCUCGUAUUAUCUACCUAAGUCUGUUUUAAGCCUCUCAAAAGAGACUGUUAAGAGUGAUGCGGGAGGGAGAGGGAGAAGGUAGUCAACGUAAAAGCCAUAGCAAAGAAGCUCAACUGAAUGGUAAAUCUCGGUUCUCACGAGAAAGUGUGUAAAAUCAAUCGAAAAAGCUUUUGUUAUGUAUGAUCUUUUUUCUUUUUUUUUUUUUACAUUACACACACGAAUAGUCAAUAUACAAUAUUGUAGCCGUGACAAUUGGAGCAACCUCGAUCGCGCGGAUCCAAUGGAGGCUCGUCGUAUAUCGUUUGUGCCGAAUAAUGUUUUAUAAACAUCGUUAACUCGUUUUUUCCGACUCCGAACAAGCGACACGAACUUUUAACUUUUGCGCCCCAUUCGGCGCCGCGCGAAUCAUGGUUGAGCUCUUCCGAUUUACGCGAAACAUUAACGCGCGAUUACAGAUUCUCGUCAGGAUCGAGCCUCCUGCCGAUACACGGAUCAUUUGGACGGUGAACGUUUUUGUCAUCCCAAAUUUUUGAGACACACGCACGUAGAGAAAGUACGACCGAUCGAUUGCGUUCGUGAACGGAGAUUGUAAUUAGAGGCCUAAGAUUGUUUUGCCGGCAAAGUUAAAAAGCGUGAUUUCCGUGACGGUUCGAUGCUCGAUCGGUGAAUGUAGGAUGGCGCACCGUCGAAAAAGUCUCGACACUUUGUCUCGCAUGAUUUCCGACGAAUCACAUAAUCACGGGCAUCGACGAUCACCUCGUCGUUGACGGGAUAUACACGGUACAGAUUUAUUCCCGCCACUUUUAAGAAGUACUACUAGGUAGAGAAAUACUUAAGUCUCGUUGCUACAUAACAGUAUAAGCUCUAUCGCUUAUUUUAUACUUAGAAGUAUUGUAAUGUUUCGAUUAUAGAGAUAACAUAAUGGGAAAGUUGUAUCUUAGCAUAAGCUAGAAUAAUCUGUAAAGAUAAGUAGUCAAAUAAAUGAAAAGUACAUUUGAUGUUGCA